AGUGCUCGGAUCCAAGAGGGAACUUGGAGCAGACAUUUCUUGGAGGACGCCUGCCUCUUUCUUCCCUCAUGAUGCGACUCUCUGCCCUACUUCAGACCUCCGGAUGGAUCACGGUGGCCUUGGUUUUAUCUCUAGGGUCGUGCCAUCCAGUGCAGACUUCAGAACAGUCUGUAAAGCUGCUGUUGGAUCACCCAAGUUUAACCAAGCCAAGCCUGCGAUUUAACUGGAGGAAUAUAACUUGUCCUUUGUGCAAAACCAUUUUCAGCAUCAUUGAUAUAGCCCUUCUGGACAGUGCAAAUGAAGAGCGCGUCGCUCGUGCAUUGGGGGAGGCUUGUAUCCAGAUGCACUUGGCCCCUGAGAAGGUGUGUCGUCAAAUAACCGAACUCUUCAGAGACGACUUCAUUCUGGUGCUGCAGAAGUCACUCCUGUGGCCCACUGAAGCUUGUGCUCUGUUAGUGGGACCCUCUUGUGGUAAAUUUGACCUUUACGCUCCAUGGAACAUCACCCUCCCCAAAGUCCCGAAGCCUCCCAUCAUCCCUCCUUCAGCUCCAGCUGCAGGUUCACCUCAGAGCAGGGUCCUGUUUUUGACAGACAUCCACUGGGAUCAGGAGUAUGCUGAAGGCAGUGCAGCAGACUGCAGAGAUCCUCUGUGCUGUCGAAAUGACUCGGGCACCCCGAGCUGGCGGCAGGGAGGCGGGUACUGGGGCACUUACAGUAAGUGUGACCUGCCUCUGCGCACUGUGGAGCACCUCCUGCAGCAGGUGGCCAAGAGUGGCCCGUGGGACUGGGUCUACUGGACUGGAGACAUCCCAGCCCAUAAUGUGUGGUCCCAAACGAGAACACAGCAACUGUCUGAACUUACUGUCAUCUCCAGGCUCAUCCACAAACACUUGGGUCCAAAUGUGACAGUAUACCCUGCCAUAGGAAACCAUGAGAGUACACCAGUGAACAGCUUUCCUCCACCUUUUGUACACGGCAACAGGUCCUCAGCAUGGCUCUAUAACACUAUGGCAGAGGAGUGGGCCCCGUGGCUACCAGAGCAUGCUUUGAAAACUUUAAGAUAUGGUGGAUUUUACACAUUACAGGUUCAGCCUGGUUUGAGAUUAGUGUCUCUGAAUAUGAACUAUUGUGCUCGAGAAAACUUCUGGCUCAUGGUGAACUCCACGGAUCCGGCCAAUCAGCUGCAAUGGCUUGUACAAGUCCUCCAAGCAAGUGAAGAUAAGGGAGAGAAGGUGCAUAUAAUCGGUCACAUCCCUCCUGGUUUGUGUCUUGGCAGCUGGAGUUGGAACUACUAUCAUAUUGUCAACAGAUAUGAAGGCACAAUUGCUGGCCAGUUUUUUGGGCAUACACACACCGAUGAAUUUCAAAUGUUCUAUGAUGAGGAAACCCUGACUCGCCCCCUGAGUGUUGCCUUUGUGGCUCCAAGUGUCACCACUUAUGUCAAUCUAAACCCAGGUUACCGGGUUUAUGUCGUGGAUGGGAACUACCCCAACAGUUCUAGAAUGGUGCUCGAUCAUGAAACCCAUAUCCUAAAUCUGACAGAGGCCAACCAUGGCCCAGCACCACAGACCCCCGACCCAAACCCAAAAUGGAGCCUCCUGUACCGGGCUACAGAGGCUUAUGGUCUGCCCAGUCUGUUUCCCUCUGACAUGGAAGGGCUCCUGCAGACCUUCUACAAGGAUGAUGUAAUCUUUCAGAAGUUUUGGUAUUUAAGAUUUAAAGGUCAUGUGUCUGAGCAAUGCAAAGAAACUUGUAAAACGACCACACUGUGCUUUUUACGGAGUGGACGCUAUGACAUACUGCAGCAGUGCUCCCACCUCCACGGUUAUGGAGACAGUUUGGCCCGUGCAGCCAGAUCCACACUGUGUUGACAAAAACCUUAGAGACUAAAUGAACAACAGAAGCACUGUUGCCAAAGAUGAAUCAAAGUCCGCCUAUUAUCACUGUUUCAGCAAUCGUCAAGGACAUUAUAGUGGAGUCUAUUUACAAACCUCAUAUUUGACUAUUUGUGUUGCAGUACCAAAUGUAAAGUGUUGAUGACUGUUUGAUUGUAUAUUUACUAGAUAAAAAGGGUAAGUAAUGGUAAACUCCUCAGAAAUCCUCAGCUAUUCUUUAAGCACUUUUGACCGUAGUGCCUUUUUUAUUACCAUACUGUAAAAUUGUGACUGCAGAUGUGAUGGCACUUGUAGCAUAUGUGUUGGUCUCAUCUGUGUGUUUCUCACCAUCAGUGACUUAUUUGCACUUUAUUUUGUUGCCAGUUCUCUUACAAGCCUACAAGGAAAAGCAAUAAAUAUAUCUGAAAGUGA